AUGGUGCCCAAUACCGACCCAGCAACCCGAAACACACCCAACACACCUCCAACCGACCACCCGACGAUGGCCAAAUCAAACAUUCCAUCACAAAAUCAAGACGAUCAAGCCACGAAGAAUGAACGCGACCGCUUUCGUUUACUUCACCGGAAUCUUCGAAAUUGUGAACAGUCCUUCAAUGAUUUUCUCAAAGCUGUUGGAUUGGAAAAGGUGCGACAAUACAACGACGAAGUUUUCCAAGCAGUUCCUCCCGCCAGCAAUAAACUUUUCGGCCUGUCAUGGGUAAAUUUCAUUAAUGUGGGAAAUUUUGAAAGACUGCAGGAGAGCCUCAUAGACCCUGGUGGACACAAGAAAAAAAAGGGAAAAAAGGAAAAACUGAAACUCAUCCGGUGUGCUUACUUGCUGCGGUUCCCGGCCGAUACCAACUAUCUUAAAAUGGGGGUCAAAGACAUGCUUGCUCAACUUCAGAAACCUGGUUCCACCACUCCAGCUCAAGAUGUAACUGCCCGAGUUGAAGAUAUCGACUGGUCUACAGACGUCGUCCAGGAAGGUUUCUCCAAGUGA